CUGAAACACACAGCUCCCUCCUCCUUUCCCCCUCAUCAUAUAACAGGAUACUUUUCUCUCUCCCCCCUCAUACAGAUCCUCUCCAGUCUCUUUGAGAAGACUCCUAGACCUACAUUUCAGGAAUCAUGGAAAAUGUUAAUUAUGGACGGGAACUUAAUGCUCCCCCUCGAUAUGAAUCCCCAUCCUAUGAACCCCUAAAGGAAGAAGUGGAGUUUCGGAGUUAUCCAGGCCAGAACGUGCAGUCCACAGUGGUGACAAUCAUGCCUGACGGUCCCCCUGUCCGUGAUCACCUCAUCUGGUCCCUUUUCAACACCAUGUACUUGAAUUUCUGCUGCCUGGGACUUCUUGCCCUUGUGUUCUCCGUCAAGUCCAGAGACCGAAAGUUGUACGGGGAUAAGAAUGGUGCCGCCAGCUAUGGUUCCACCGCCCGCUCUCUGAACAUUGCCUCAACUGUAUUGGCCAUCCUUUCUGUUAUAAUCCUGAUUACAAUUGCCAUCGUACAAAUCACUCAAGUUCAGCAAUGGGCAGCGAAUUCCAGACAAUAUGAGGAGAACAACCCAUUUGGAAAGUGAAGCAACAAUUGGAGCAGUUUGCCUUUAACUUUUUUUUUCUUUCCUGUUUUCUCAUUGUGAUGGUCCAAGGACAAGUGUCAACACUAGGUGCCUUCUAGCCUUCAUUAGUUUCUUAUUGCUGGGAUGUAAGUUUUCUGUCUGUAAUGGCACAGUAUUUUACAGUGAGCAGUACGUUAUAAUACAGUAAAAUAGAAGUCACUCAACCUCUUGGUAAAAACUAAUUCCAUAAAGCCAAAAUAAUUUCUACCAAAGCUUUUCUUAUAAAAUUUAUCUGGGGAAGAGGGGAUUUUCUAACCUUUUUGUAUAACCAUAUAAAACCAAGUAGUGCAACAUAUCGGCACAUGGAGCCAAAUAAGUUGUGUUUUUAUGGCGAGUGAUUAAUCUGUGCAUGAAAACUAUUUCACACAAUGUUCUGAUAAUAUUUGAUGUAUUUCUGAGGUUUACUUUGUAUCUUUCGUGCCUGUGAUCACAUGCUUUGCUUGGUGUAUUUAAAAUUAAGGAAAUUUACCAUUAGGUUGAGCACUGCUGUUAAAAUAAAAAGAAAAUUUGUAACCCUU